GUUCGUAUAGUUUGGUCUAGCGACUAGGCUCGUGCCUUUGUCUGCCCCUAGACUGAAUUCCGUGAAACUCAAUAGGGCAUACAGAAUACAGAGAAAAGUCGGAACAUAUAUCGACGCUGGGGCAAAGAGGGGAAUUCUACCGUGGCAUUGUGCUGUGUAAACAAAAAUGGAAAGUACUACAAGCAGUAUUGUAGUCAACACUGAAGUUUUCAAUUUAAGUGAUUCUAACAUCUCCAGCAUUAUUGUUAAUCAAGGUAGUAUGGAACAGCCAAAUGUACAACCUCCCACUUCCAUUUGCCAACUGGGCCAGCCUAUAUCUCAUUUCCAAACUACAGAAAAGUUUCAAGAAUUGCAAGCACUUGCUGUACACAAUGUAACUAACAAUGCUAUUAUACAUUGCUCCGGAUUUCCAGGGACAGGGAAGUCCCAAAUAAUGCGCAUGCUUGCCCAGGAGUUCCCAUUUUCAGAAGUUGAAGUUGAAGUUAGUGUUAAAUGGCACAUUGAGUGUGAUGAUAAAAGGCAUAAAAUAAAGAAAUCAUUCAAAGAAUUGGUGCAGAGAAUAUAUGGGAAUGGACUAGCUCACUCAGGUGUUCCUAUAGAUAGCAUAAUAGGUGAUUUGGAUAAUGAACGUGCUCAGUCUUUUGUUGACUUGCUGCAAUCAAGCAAUGUUCCAGUUCUGAUUGUGGCUGAAGAUGUAACUAGAAGAAAUCUAAAUGAAGAUGACAUGGAAUUAUUUAUGGAUUUCCAGCGAUCACUUGCAAAUAUUUCUGUCACUUCUGAUCACCAAAACCACCCAUCCAUGUUUAUAUUGCCACCCGUGUCCAACCUACAACGAUGCAGCAAGAAGAGAUUACUCGGUUGUUCAAUGCAGGGGUUGGCCGAUACUUUACCAGGAAAGUAAUGGGAUUUACUAAAGGUGAAGCUAUUAAGUAUCUUUUCACUGAUACAAAUGAGAACAAUGAAAUUGCAGCCAUCAAAAUUUUUGAAAGAUUUAGUGGCUCACCCUUGGGUUUGCGUACUGCUAAGGCAUACUGCAAUAAUGCUAUGAUAAAUUACACUGAAUAUAUAGAUAUUGUUGAAAAUGAUGAGGUCUCAGCCUAUGAAGAUGUAUCAGAGCUAUUAAUUGAGGAGUAUGGUUCUAGUGCUAAGGAUAUGUUCCAGGCCAUUAUCAUGCCAUUUAGACCUGAGUCCCCGGAUAAUGCAAAAGAGUUGCAAACCUGGAAAGUAAUGACUUGUUUAUCUUACUUGCACUUUACUUGUGUUCCACGGUUUGUGGUUGAAAGGUUUUGUCAGUAUUUUAGGACUUCACAGGUGUCAAAUAUUCGAAACAAAAACACAACUGAAGCUGGAUUAAUCAUAAAUAAAGUCAAGACCCACGAACUAUGUGUCCUUGAAAAUGGUGAGGAUAAAGACAUGACAUUUCAUGAGGUGGUUUUUCAUGCAUUUCGUGUCGCCAAACAACCAGAAUGGAUUGAGGAUUUUAAUCCUGUUAAAUGUGCUAUAGAAGUGAUUGCCUCUGUGAGUUCUAAGGACAUGAGAGGUCAGGUGUAUGCAAAACAGACUCUUAAGCUUUUGCCACACCUUCUACGGCUUCUGGAGCAUACACAAAAAGUGGACGUACAGAUUCCAUCUGAUAAGGAGUUUAAAUUACUCCUCAGUCACAUAUACGAGGUUUUUGGUGGUGUUGGAUGCACAAAGUCACAUGAGUACAAGUAUAUAUGCGAGGAGUUUUUGGGAAAAGCGUUUGAGAUUGUUUAUGAAGUUGCGCUCGGACAAAAAGUUUCAUUUCGUGAAUUUCUGGGAAGAUCUCAAACUGAAGACAUUGAUGCCUGUGCCCGUGAUUUGGUGCAACAAUGUGCAAAUGCCGGCUUGCAGCUGCCACAAGGGUUUAUUGAUAAAUAUGAGUGCAAAGUUUUUGUGUUCAGACCUGAGAGUGAUGGCUUUAAAUAUUUGAAAGAUAUUUGUCGCCCGGAUCAGUUACAAACUUUUGAAAAAGUCGAAAAAGCUUUAAAAAAAAAACCAUCCACCACAGUAGAUAUUCUUCAGAUGCUGAGAGAUUGUGGUGUUUGCCUUGAAGAAAAGGAAUAUGCCAAGAUAUUUUUCACGGAACGGUUGGCCUCCAUUCUUCACAGUUUAAGUAGAAUGGGAAUUUAUCAUGACCACAUGCCAGUCAGAAAAGCAUAAACAGAAACUGUGGAUGUCAGAUUUUGCCUAUGCGCUAUCAUUGCAGUGUCAUCACCUUUCUAAUAUCAGUCUCUUGUUUGAGCACAUUUCGCGCACGGGGGGUGCAGUUCCCAUUAUCUUACUAUUUUAUCAACUGUUGGAGUCAGAUGAAAAGACUGCUUAUCUAACAAGAGCAAAGGAGAUGUGUUCGGAAGCUGUAGAACCUCCAGUAGGUGUAGAAAAACGACUUUACGAACAUGGUUUGGUCAUGGAAACAAAGGGAAGUCCGUACAACAUGAUGAACAUUAAAAGACAUCUUGCCAGAAUACAUACUAAGAUGGUUAGAGAUACUGCCAACAACGAUUUCAUUGAAGAGGGCAAGUCAGUGUGCGAGGAGCUCUAUCAAGUGGCUAUUACUUGCACAGACCAGAUGGUUGCUUUCAAAUGUAUAGUGUACUGUGGGAAGUUCUAUGCAGCAAUAGGAGAUCAUGCACAAGCGAUUCGUUGCUAUGAAAAGUUUUUUAAUGUGAUUAAUGGUUGCAACAUAGAUAUACCAUUUGCAACGCGGGCAUGGGCGGUAUGUAAUUUUAGCAGCAGCGUACUUAAGGGGAAGGUACAAAAUUUGUAUGACAAAGCUUUGAAAUUGUGUCUACAUGUAAAAGCUUCAAAUAAUCCUAUGCCUCUUGAUCUUACUAAUCAGCUUACCGAUCUGCUGCAAGAGCUUAAAGUUUGCAAUCGUUGCUUUAGGUAAAUUUUGCAUUUUGUUGUAAUGUGCACUUUUCUAAAUUUUUCAUACAUAGAAUAUAUAUGUCCCUUCUUGCUACACUAUUCUGUAUAAACCUGACAUGAUAAAUUCGGUUGGUUAUAUGAAUUUGUGUGCCUUUUUAUUCUUUUGUAAAAUAAUAUGUAUACAUAUCUAUUUUUACCCUGUAACUAUGUUUUCAUAACAAUUAAAAAUUGUACUUUCUCACUUUUUAUUGCCAAUUUUCCCACAUUUACCGAUUUGAAUAAUUUGUAUCCUUUUUUCCAUAGAACUGUAUGUAGAAAUAUAAUAACAGCUCAUUUUCUAACUGAAAAAUAUGGAACUUGCUUAUUUUUUUACACAAUUAAAAUUGGUGGUUUUCAUUUUUAUAAUGUCUCAUUUUUACAUACAAGCUGUAUGAAACAACCUUUACUUUUUAAGUCAUUUGUAUAACAUAAUUUUCCUACCCUUAAAAUAAGUAGUAAUGUGAUUUUUUCAACAUAAUCUGAACUGGUGGUUUCUCUUCUUAAUAUUGUCCAUUUUUACAUGCCGCAUUUACUUUUUAUAUCAUUUGUAUACUUUAGUUUUUCUAUUUGUAAACAUUCUAACCAUAACAUAUGUAAUCAGAUUAAUUUUUUUUAAGUUUCAUUUUUACAUACAACGCUUACUCUUUUAAUCAUGUGUAUGUUUUAAUUUUUUGUGAGUAGAAAUAUAAUAACAACCAAA